AUGAAGAACCAAGAAACCCUCUCUGUAAUCAUCAUCUUCAUCAUCCUCUUCUCUUCUCUAACAGCGUUAUCAAAGCCCUGCCAUGAAAAUGACAGCCAAGCUUUGCUUGGAUUUAAGGCCAAGAUCACUUCAGACCCUUCCAAUCUUCUUCGCUCCUGGUCACCUUCUUCCGAUUGCUGCACUUCCUGGGCCGGCGUCGUCUGUGAUUCUUUCGGCAGAGUCAUCAAUGUCUCACGUCCAGGACUUGUUUCUGGCGACGACUUCAUCUAUGACACCUUCAUGGUCGGAACUUUAUCGCCGUCCAUCGGUAACCUGGCUUUCCUUCAGGUUUUUGAUCUGAGUAAUCUGAAAUUCCUAAAGGGUCCAAUUCCGCCGGAGUUCGGAAAAUUGUCACGGCUUACUCAUCUUUUUCUUGAUUUGAACAGACUCUCCGGGUCAAUUCCGGUAACUUUCAGGCAUCUUUCCCGGCUGGAAAAACUUUCUCUCAGUUAUAAUCGGCUGUCUGGGGUUGUGCCUGGAUCCGUAAUGGGUUCUCUGUCGUUAUUAUCUGAACUUUAUCUUUCUGGGAAUCGGUUUGUUGGGUCAAUUCCGGCUGAGAUUGGAAAGUUGGUGAGAUUGACAAAUCUUGAUUUUCAUGGAAACAAUCUCUCUGGUAGUAUUCCUUCCGCCGUUGGCAACCUUCGGAGCUUGAAAUAUCUUGAUCUGUCUGAAAAUCAGAUUACUGGAAGCAUUCCAAAUUCCAUUAAUGGACUAUCCCAGUUGCAGUUACUUUAUCUGAACAAGAACCAGAUUACAGGAAGCAUUCCUUCUUCUAUCUCAGGACUUGUUUCUUUAACAUUCUGCCGUUUAUCGGAAAACAAGCUGACCGGAAAUUUACCGCCGUCUAUAGGCACUCUUCCGAAAAUCCAGCGGCUUAUUCUAGAAAACAACAGGCUGACAGGAAAACUGCCGGAGACCAUCGGCAACCUCGUAACUCUAACUGAGAUAUUCUUCUCUAACAACAUGUUUACAGGCAAGAUUCCUUCAAGUUUGGGAAACUUACAGAAUCUUCAGACUUUAGAUUUGUCGAGAAACAAACUCUGUGUCGUCUCUCAGGAAAUUGCAAAAUUACAGAAGUUGCAAACCUUGGACCUCUCAUUCAAUCCUCUUAAAUUAUUUAGCGUACCAAAUUGGCUUUCCAAGCUGAAACUUUUCCGAUUACUUUUAGCAGAAACCGGCAUUAAAGGACAGCUUCCAAUCUGGCUAUCUUCAUCAUCUAUAUCGAUUCUCGAUUUAUCCAGUAACGAACUGACCGGAAAAAUACCGGCUUGGAUCGGAAACAUGAACAGUUUGUCUUUUCUUAACUUAUCAAAUAACGGGUUCCAUUCAUCAAUCCCAGCAGAGUUCAAGAACCUUUCUCUUCUAAUGGAUCUCGACCUCCACUCCAACAAGUUUUAUGGUCAGCUCAAUUCAAUUUUCACGAAAGAAAUCAGAGACCCACUCGGCCGUUAUAACUCCAUCGAUGUCUCUAACAAUUUCUUCGUGGGUCCCAUCGAUGGACAAAUCGGAUAUCUACCUUCAAUGUCCUCCAUAAAAUCACUGGUCCUUUCUCAGAAUCCAUUAGGAGGAUCAAUACCAAAGUCAUUAGGGAAGUUGAGUGAACUGCAAGUGCUGGAGCUCGUCGGAAGUGGGCUUUCCGGGAAGAUACCGGAGGAGGUCGGUGACGCCGGUGAACUGGUAAGAGUUUUUCUUUCGAGAAACAGACUAACAGGUUCUAUACCGGAGAAGGUGAUUACGUUGAAGAAGCUCCGAGACUUCAACGUGUCGUCGAACAGACUCGCCGGCCGAAUACCUCCGCAUAAAGCCAGAAUUCCGGUUUCCGCAUUCGGGGAUAAUCCCGGAUUAUGCGGUGAUCCUCUUCCUCCAUGUAAGCAUUAUUAG